AUGCGGCGCACAGCAAAACUCUUCCUUGCUGCCACUCUUGCCUUGGUCGCCUUCGUUGCGGCUGACGUCAGCCAUUUGUCGAGAACGUACUUGCCACCAGCUGCCCACUACGGUGGUCCUUCUUACUCUUCGGGUGGUAGUGGCGGCGGUGCAUACUCCUCAGGCGGUUCCGGAGGUGGCUCAUACUCCUCAGGCGGCUCCGGAGGUGGCUCAUAUUCUUCUGGAGGCUCGGGAGCUGGUUCCUACUCCACAGGUGGUGGUGGUUCCUCCUACUCUGCUCCAUCUAACGAAUACUUGCCACCUUCUCAAAGCUAUUCUGCUCCCGCCCCAGCUCCAGUCUAUUCGGGUCCAUCGUACUCCUCAGGCGGUUCAGCUGGUGGUUCAUACUCUUCAGGUGGUGCUGCUGGUGGCUCUUACUCCUCUGGCGGCUCAGCAGGUGGUUCCUAUUCGUCAGGUGGGGCUGCUGGUGGUUCAUACUCUUCUGGAGGCUCAGGAGGUGGUUCCUACUCCUCAGGUGGUGCCGGUUCUUCUUACUCUGCCCCAUCUGAUGAAUACUUGCCACCAUCGCAAAGUUACUCUCCACCCGCUCCAGUUUACUCUGCUCCUGCACCAGCUCCAGCACCAGUAUACUCUGCACCUGCCCCAUCUCCUGUCUACUCGGGUCCAUCAUAUUCUUCAGGCGGAAGCGGUGGCGGUCACUACAGCGGCAGUGCUGGUGGUUCUUACUCUAGCGGUGGUUCUUCCGGUUACUCUGCCCCGGCUCCUGCUCCAGUUUACUCAGCUCCUGCUCCAGCUCCAGUCUACUCGGCACCAGCCCCAGCACCGGUAUAUUCUGCCCCAGCUCCUGCUCACGUUUCCUCUGGUCCAUCAUAUUCCUCGGGCGGUAGUGAUGGUGGUUAUUUUUACCCAAGCAGCGGCUCAGCUGGUUUGUCUGGUGGAACUGAUGGCGAUUAUUCCGGCUACUCUGGUCCAGCACCUGCUCCAGUGUACUCUGCACCUGCCCCAGCCCCAUCUCCUGUUUAUUCAGGUCCAUCGUAUUCUUCAGGCGGAAGCGGUGGUGGUCACCACAGCGGCGGUGCUGGUGGUUCUUACUCUAGCGGUGGUUAUUCCGGUUACUCUGCUCCGGCACCUGCUCCAGUGUACUCUGCUCCUGCCCCAGCCCCAGCUCCAGUCUACUUUACUCCUGCUCCAGCUCCGGUCUACUCUACUCCAUCGUAUUCUUCUGGGGGAAGCGGUGGUGCUGGAUACUCUGCUCCCAGCUAUUCAUCAGGUGGUUCAUCCCACUCGUCGGGUGGCGCAUCAUACUCUGGUGGCAAUGCUGGCACCCAGUAUGCUUCCAACGGGGGUUACAUCUACAGAAAGAAGUAAAUCGCUUACAACUAAAAUAAGUAGAACUUUGUAUAUAUUUUAGUGCACCUUAGCAAACAUUUUUUUGUAAUCCUGAAUUACUUAAGGUGCCACAUACAAAUAAGUCCCUAUCAACUAGAUAAUUUCUCC